CCAGCCAGCCAGCCAGCCAGCUAUCCAGCCAGCCAGAUAUCCAGCCAGCCAGCUAUCCAGCCAACCAGCCAGUCAGUAGUUGACCAUUUUGAUACACCAAGGGCAGCUUUCUCUGUGACAACCAGUCAACUACUCCAGCCAGCUAUCCAGCCAGCGAGCCAGCUAUCCAGCCAGCCAGCCAGCCAGCUAUCCAGCCAGCCAGCUAUCCAGCCAAACAGCCAGUCAGUAGUUGACCAUUUUGAUACAAUAAGGGCAACUUUCUCUGUGCCAGCCAGUCAACUACUCCAGCCAGCUAACCAGUCAGCCAGCCAGAUAUCCAGCCAGCCAGCUAACCAGUCAGCCAGCCAUACAUCCAGCCAGCCAGCUAACCAGCCAGUCAGUAGUUGACCAUUUUGAUACAUUUACAUUUAAGUCAUUUAGCAGACGUUCUUAUCCAGAGCGACUUACAGUAGUGAAUACAUACAUUUCAUACAUUUUUUUGUUUGUUGUACUGGCCCCCCAAGGGCAGCUUUCUCUGUGCCAGCCAUUCAACUAGUCAUCCAUCCAUCCAUCCAGCCAGCCUGCCAACCAACCACCCAGCCAGUCACCCAGCCAUCCAUCUAUCCAUCCACCUAUCCAUCCAUCUAUCCAGAUUUCCAGCCAGCCAGCCAGCCAGCCUGGCCAGGGAAGGGUAGUGAUGACGGUAACGUACUCGCGGAGGGUUGCAGACGCGGGGCUAGGGACCUUCUCUCAUCUGCUCCUCCGAUGGAAGGGAAGCAUCUACAAGCUGCUGUGGAGAGAACUGAUCAUCUUCACUACACUGUACUACUCCUUCAGCAUCAUAUACAGGUUUGUGUUGAAUGAGGGUCAGAAGAGGCUGUUUGAGAAGCUGGCCAUCUACUGUGACCGUUACGCAGAACUCAUCCCCGUGUCCUUCGUGUUGGGUUUUUAUGUGACCCUGGUGGUGUCUCGGUGGUGGGGUCAGUUUGAGAGUGUUCCCUGGCCGGACCGGUUGGGUGCGCUGGUGGGCGCUCACAUCCGUGGUACCGAUGAGACUGCCAGGCUGACCCGCCGGACCCUGAUGCGGUACGCUAACCUGUCCGGCGUGCUCAUCUACCGAUCGGUCAGCACGGCGGUCUACAAGAGGUUCCCCACCAUGAAGCACCUGGUGCAGGCAGGCCUGAUGACAGCAGAGGAACAUAGGCAGUUGGAGGAGUUGCCCUCACCUCAUAACAAGUUCUGGGUUCCUUGUAUGUGGUUUGUUAACCUGGCACUGAGGGCCCGCACCGAGGGACGCAUCAACAAUGAUGUGGCGCUAUCAGCCAUUCUCAAUGAAUUAAAUACAUUGCGGACACAGUGUAUGAAGCUAUACAGUUAUGAUUGGAUCAGCCUACCCCUUGUGUACACCCAGGUGGUGACAGUGGCGGUCUACAGUUUCUUCCUGGCGUGUCUGAUUGGUCGACAGUUCUUAGACCCCGCCCAGGGCUACGCUGGUCAUGACAUCGACUUCUACCUGCCUGUCUUCACCCUGCUACAGUUCUUCUUCUACGUGGGCUGGCUCAAGGUAGCAGAACAACUGAUAAACCCGUUUGGGGAAGACGAUGAUGAUUUUGAAACCAACUAUCUGGUUGAUCGUAAUCUACAGGUGUCCCUGCUGUCUGUGGAUGAGAUGUACGACACUAUCCCAUUGGUAGAGAGGGAUAAGUACUGGAACGAAUCAGAGCCCCAGCCUCCAUACACUGCAGCCAGCGCAGAGCAUCGCAAACCUUCCUUCAUGGGCUCUGCCUUGGACAUCAGUGUUCCCAAAGAGGAGAUGGAGUUCCAGUCCAACCUGGAGCAGAUCAAGGAGCAUGAGGAGGCCAACCACUCUACUCCUCUCCUGGGGGGACUGAGUCGCCUCCUGGGGGUUCAGUCCCCCGUCUUCCCCCGCUCCUCCACCUCCUCCCGGGUUUCUCUCCUGCGCCGGCGCCCAGGGGCUCCAUUCAACCGCUUCCCCCUCUUCCUGCACUCUGAGGGGGACCCCUCAACGCCGAGCCACGGCCCUGGUCCCCGCCACGACUCCAGCCACCUGGACUACGCCUUCUCCUCCAUGCCGCUGUACGAGAGGUCCGGCUUCUAUAGCUGUCCCCAGACCCCCAUCCACUGUGUUCCCCCCGCUAUGCCUCGUCCACGGCCCACCCGAGGAACUUACGCCUGGGAUCGCAGCUCCAGCUCGCUAGCUCCUCCGAUGGUUGGCUCUGGAGGUCUGCUGCCCCCUGAUACUCCAGGUCAUAUGCUCCCUCCACCCUCCUCUGCCUUCCCCUGGCUGAGUGAGGAGGGAGAGGGUCCUUGUGUUCCAGCCUUCUCCUUCCCUGACCCUGGCAACCUUCCGGAGCUCUGCCCCAUAUCAAAGCUCCGGCCCGGGCAAGGUUUGCUGUCUCGACGGCCCCCGCCUCCGCGCCUCUCUUUAGAUAACACACCGUUGGCCGAGGGCCUGGAGCCUGGACCCAUCAGCCCCCGGGGAGUGGGAGGUGGAGGGGAGCGGGUGUUCUCCUUUACCCCUCCCUCUCGCACCCCAGCUACCAAUCCCAACAGCUCCUCCUCUAGUAUCAACGCCACAAGCACUAUCAACACCACCAACCCUAACACCACUACUCCAGCCAACAUGUUGAGUGGUACCAACACCACUUCUACAACAAACUUCUGCAAUGGUACCAACCCCAACACCACUACUACGUCCAACUUCUGCAAUGGUACCAACCCCAACACCUUUUGUAACCAUGCCAACUUCAACAGCACUAGAGCAGCAGGUAUCAACAGUGGAACCAAUGGUGGUCUAAGCAACAACGUUGUGAACACCAUUUCCGUUUCUGGAUCCUCUCAGCAAGAAGCCAUUCAGCAUCAAAACUCGCCCAAUGAUUCAGGGAUUUCAUUGGCUGAGGGGGGCCCUAACUGGCUGGGAGCUCUGGUAGUGGAUAGUGGGAUGAACAAGGCCCCUGGGGGGCGGGAGCAGGAAUGAAGAAGGAGGGAGAUGAUUGGACAAGGCCCCUGGGGGAUGGGAGCAGGACUGAGGAAGGAGGGAGAUGGUUGGACGGACUCAGGGUUCAGAAGUAGUGUUGACCUACGCAGUACGCACAUCUUUCUUUCAGACUGGAGGGUUCCAGCAUUUCUGAUCAGUGGUAGUCUUGCGAAGCCUGGAUGUCCAAGGCUAGACCAGCGUAGAGGCUGCUUCUGAAAUGUUUAUUGGAAUCUCACAGAGUGGAGAGGUUGCUAAUAUGACAUUUCUUCUUCAUACUAUUCCAGCUAGUAAACCAGUACGAAAUCUACUGAAGAAAGAAUCCUUUGUUUGCUGAAUCUCAGAGGCCUACGGACUGGAGGCCUACCUGAACUACUGAAUAAUCUCUUUAUCAAUCAUCAACCCCUUCAGAAAAUAUUGACUGAUAACAUUCUGGUCAGAGGUGCUAAGUACCUCGGCAAUCAAUAUCUCUGGUGUGUUUCUGCUAGGGUUGCCAAAUUCUGGUAAUUUUUCCUACAUUUUCAGAAAUCCCAGUUGGAGGAUUUCUGGAUUUCCUGCUUAUUCUCUCCUGAUUCCAGGAUUCUUCCAACCAGGAUUUCUGGAAAAUCAAAUUGUAUUUGUCACAUGCACAAAAUAUAACAGACUUUUCCGUGAAAUGCUUACUGACGAGCCUUUAACCAACAAUGCCGUUUUGAAAAAGUAAGUAUGAACAAUUUGCUCAAUAAACUAAAGGAAAAAUAGUAACACAAUAAAACAACAUUAACGAGGCUAUAUACAAGGGGUACCGAUACCGAGACAAUGUGCAGGUAUACAGGGUAGUCGAGGUAAUUGAGGGGGAUCCAGUGUAUUCGGAAAGUAUUCAGAUCCCUUGACUUUUUCCACAUUAUGUUACGUUACAGCCUUCUUCUAAAAUUGAUUAAAUCAUUUAAAAACUCCGCAAUCUACACACAAUGCCCUAUAAUGACAAAGCGAAAAUAGGUUUUUAGAAUUUUUGCAAAUGUAUUAAAAAUAAAAACAGAUAGCUUAUUUACAUAA